AACACUAGUGGUAAGCGAGACUGCGAGUCUCUCCGCUCUAGCGGGGGACGAGUACCAUCAAUCAGGACAAGGCCGGAGCGAUGGCACAGCCUUCCUUUGAGCUGCUCGUCUGCUCAUUGGUCAAAACCGCCGUCGCGUUUCCUAGCCCCGCCUACAGAUGGUCAUGGGCCCAAUCAGUUUUCAAACCUGAGUGCGCCUGCGCAUAGGAAGUUUUUUUGGGCAGUGGAGUAUGGAUCCUGGUGUUUGGGAGGAAAAAAAGGGAAGAAAUUAAUGGAAAAUAUCUGCGAGGAGAAAUGACUCCAAUCAAGAAACUAAAGUUUUACUGCAGUAACUGAACUUGAGUCCGGAAAUUCUCUUGAAAGGUUUUUGUUGAGGGGGGACUGAUAACCAUUAAUGAAAAUAAUUCGGCAAUUAAAUUAUUUGUGACGUCUCUCUCAUAAUUUUCUGUGUAUAAGUCACUGUGUCCUGUGUUCCAGUUCAUCCUCCAGACUCUAAACUCACAAGAUACCCUCUCCUAACUUCACUCCGUGGAUCAUUUUAAACAAGAAACUUACAGAUGUGCAAGAAUGACUGCAAUAGAGCAGGCUGAGGCCCAGCUCUCAGAGUUAGAUCUACUGGCCAGUAUGUUCCCUGGUGAAAGUGAGUUCAUCGUCAAUGACCAGCUUGCUUUAGCAGAACUGAAAGAUUGUGUUGAGAAGAAGACAAUGGAGGGGAGGUCUUCAAAAGUCUACUUUACCAUCAAUAUGAACCUGCACAUAUCUGAGGAAGUAAUGGUAACGUUUUCUCUGGCCUGUGUUCUUCCCUUUAAAUAUCCUGAAGUCCUGCCUGAAAUUACUGUCAGGUCAGCAUUAUUAAGCAGACUGCAACAAUCUCAGCUGAAUGUAGAUCUGACUGCUUACUUGCAGAGAAAUUGUCUUGGAGAUGUCUGUAUACUGAAUGCCACAGACUGGGUGAGAGAACACGCCUCUAGCUAUGUCAGCAGAGAUGUCCUGACUUCCCCCACCACAGCAAGUUCAGUCCAGCCAGUUGAUCUCAUUGUUACAAGGCUCUGGAUCUACAGCCAUCAUAUCUACAGUAAAUGGAAGAGAAAGAAUAUCCUGGAGUGGACUAGAGAGCUUUCCCUAUCCGGGUUUAGCAUGCCUGGGAAGCCUGGUGUUGUUUGCGUGGAAGGCCCACAAAGUGCCUGUGAAGAAUUCUGGUCAAGGCUUCGAAAAUUAAACUGGAAGAGAAUUCUAAUCCGCCAUCGAGAAGACAUUCCUUUUGAUGGUACAGACGAUGAAAUGGAGAGACACAGAAAAUUUUCCACUUUUGAGGAAAAAGUGUUCUUUGUUAAUGGAGGCAGAGGGAAUCACAUGGACUUCGGUCAGCUUUAUCAUUUCUUAAACACCAAAGGAUGUGGGGAUGUUUUCCAGAUGCUCUUUGGCGUGGAAGGACAGUGACUAAAGAAGGGUGGGUCAAUGUAUUUUGCCACUUGUGGCCUCGUUUUCCCCCUACUCUUUCGUGAAAGGUUAAUUUUAUUUUAAUUCCAUUCUAGAAUGGUAGGAAAAAAUAAAAUGUGAAAGUCAGAUAGUUUCAAUGAAACUGUAAAAAAUAAGUCAUGAUUGAAAACAAAACUGUUUUAAAUUAUUGUCUUUAAUUUAUCAAUAGAAAUUUCUUUUUUUUUUUCUUUUUUGUCUUUUUCAUUUUUAUCGGUACCAGGGAUCGAACUUAUGACUGCCUGCUUGCAAGACAGGCGCUUAUGCCGCUGAGCUAAAUCCCCAGCCCCCAAUAGAAAUUUCUUGACAUAUAAACUCGUUUUGGAAGAGAAAUUAAUUAUAUAUGAAGACAGUGUUGGUGGCCUAGCUGUUCUGCAUACCCUCCCCCUCUAUCUGGAAUCACUAAAGAACCCAGAAAGCAAUCUGUUCAUUCUUCCAAGCUGUCACAGCUCUAGCUGGCCUAAAGUCACAGCUGACAGAUUUCUGGGAAAACAUUAUUUCCUAGUUGAAAAUGAUACAUGUAUCUAAUGCCACCUUUCCCCUCUUUCUGCCACAAAUACUGAAGUGAAGGCUGGCGCUGUAGGACCCUUUCAGAUGCAAUGGAAGGAUGGACCUAGAGCAUCUCAGAGAUGCCAGGCAGUUUCUAGACAUCUUGGUAUAAACCAUUUUUGUUUAAAUUUUCGUGCUUGUUACUAGAACUUGAAAGCUAACUCGUCAACAAGAUUUCUGAGAGGUUUAGUUUUGUACCCACCCUAACCAUUUGAUACACAAAGUGUGAUGUUUUUCUUAAAUGGAUUUGCAGCUCAUCCCACAUUUUGUACCCUUUGUUCCUGGUUUUGCCUCCCUGAGGCAUGAGUUGAGCAGACCUUUUUUUUUUUUUAAACAGGAGUCAUCAGUUCAUCAAAUUGGUAAUUUAGGGAGGCUGGUUUUGGGCAGAUUGGAUUUUUGACGAUCUUUUCACUCUAGAAAUAGCUUUUGUUGAUAAGUUGAUCUGCAAUCAAAUCUCACCUGAUUUUUGAGUCCUUCAUAAAUCAGUUCUAAAAACAUGUAUCAAAUGUUUAUUAAUUUCUAGUAUUCUGAUUGCUACUGUGUGCUGGAAAUUCUUUGGUCAGACUUGGGUGGAGUCAAAGUGAGAUGUAAUACAUUGUUUAUGUUAGUUGGAAGCAACAUAUAUGCUCAUUACUGAAGGAAUCAUUAAGUAAAGUACUGCAUGUAAUCUAAUACUAUGUAGAAUUCAGAAAGAAUCAAAUAGAAUAAGGUAAAGUGGGUAGAUAUUAAAUCUAAAAGUGGGUAAACACAAAUGAGAACCAGCACAGUGCCACUCUGUAAGUCUUCUUCCCAGCUACCCACCUCGUGCUAGCCCCGUCCUUGUCUAGUAAUACAAAUUCUUUCUGGGCCACUGGCAUAUAGCCAGCUCUGAUGAGCUGCGUGUCCAGUGCCAUGACUUUCUGGCCGCUAUGAUAUUUGGAUAAAAUUUGUCUGUUUGUUUUGUUUUUGUUUUUGGUACUGGGGAUCAAACUUAUGACCUAGCGCUUGCCAGGCAGGUGCUUGUGCCACUAAGCUAAAUCCCUGGCCAACAGAUUUGGAUAAAAUAUGAUAUCCCUGUGGGCCACCCAAAGGACGAGAGGAUGAUAUUGCUUCUGCAAGAAGAACCAAACUGUGAAACUUUUCAGUCUUUGUACAUUAGCCUAGUAAAAAUAGACAUUGCCAUGUAUAAAUAGUUCUCUGAUGUACACCAAAACAUAGAAUGCAAUGAGAUUUGUAAGUUCUCUGCCCUAAGACAGACCUCUUGUCAAAUAUAGAUAUUUAUGGUCAUUAAGACAUAGUAAGAGUACAGUUUCCAACCUGAUUAACAAAUUCUUUUGAAAAUCGGUAAAAGUAUUACAGUCAUCAAGAGUAAAUGUCAUUAUGUCCUUCCUGUGUUGUAUAAAACACAACAAAAGCUAUUAUUAAUUGUAAUUAAAUGUGAAAGUAUAAAAAAUACAGUUGUCUUAGACUUCUACCAAUGAUAAAUAUUGUCAAGUGUAAAAUUGUGCUGUAUGAUUGGGUAUAUAUUUGUUCCAUGGUAUGAAUUUGUCAUUGUAUUAAUCUGCUCUAAUAACUUGAACUGGAAUCAUCUGUGGUGAUAAAUCUUGUACUACUCCCAAAUCAAAUCAAAUCAUUUUUUAAAGGUA